AUGAGAGCCUGAGCUGAAGCCAUGGCACUGGGGAACUUCUCCCGCGUGACUGAAUUCAUCCUUCUGGGGCUUUCCAGUAGAAGGGAGAUGCAAGUCCUCUUCUUCAUCACCUUCUUUCUAGCGUAUGUCAUGGUUCUGCUGGGGAAUCUUCUCAUCAUUCUGACAGUCAUGACUGAGUCCAAGCUGUCCUCACCCAUGUACUUUCUCCUCUGCAAUUUGUCUUUCAUAGACAUCUGCUAUUCCUCUGUCACCUCUCCCAGGAUGCUGGUGGACCUGCUCUUCCAGAGGAAGGCCAUUGCUUUUGAAGACUGUAUAGCCCAGCUGUUUUUUCUGCAUUUUGUUGGGGCAUCUGAGAUGUUCCUCCUGACUGUGAUGACCUACGACCGCUACACGGCCAUCUGCAAGCCCCUGCACUACACAGCCAUCAUGAGCCACCGGGUAUGCUGGGCCUUGGUGUCUGCCUGCUGGGCAGGGGGCUUCCUCCACUCCAUCGUCCAGACGCUGCUCACAAUCCAGCUCCCCUUCUGUGGCCCCAACACAAUCAACAGCUACUUCUGUGACGUGCCCCCUGUCAUUCGCCUUGCCUGCACAGACAUCUACGUCACCGAGUGGCUCAUGGCUUCCAACAGUGGCUUAAUAUCCCUGGUUGUCUUCCUGGUGCUGGUCACAUCUUACAUGUACAUCCUGGUCACAGUCAGGGUCCGCUUCACCAAGGGACAUGGGAAGGCGCUCUCCACCUGUGCCUCUCACAUCAUGGCUGUCGCCCUUGUCUUCGUGCCCUGCAUCUUCAUCUACCUCCGGCCCUUUUCUACCUUUCCCUCUGACAAGCACAUCUGCAUGAUCUACACCAUCUUCUCCCCGGCGAUGAACCCCCUCAUCUAUACCCUGCGAAAUAGCGAGGUGAAGACGUCCAUGUGGAAACUGUGGAAGCGCUGCAAAGUCUUCUGA